UGCGGAAUUUCUACAAGCAACAGUGGCAGAGAAGCAGUCGACAUCCUCUUGAAUUGGGAAAGACAGCGGAAACAUAAAAAUCUUGAUUUGCCUAAUUUGGGGUUAAAAGCGAAGAUCGCGAGUGGGCUCUUACCAAUAUUCAGCCAACACUAGCAAUUUAGCAAUCGGUCAUUCCGAAAUCGUAUGGAAAGUAGUUGAAAUACAAACGUGCUGUGUGUUAGUUGUGUAGCGCCAAGUGCUUAGAAAACAAGUGCAUACAUUUGGAACAAGCGUGCAUUAUUGCAAUUAGUAAACGCCCAAUAUGCCGCCCGUUCAAGUACAAGCAGCUGACAUGUCGCUAGCUGCUAUGCAUUGUGCCCGCUGUGCGGACGGAUUCGAGCCCAACGAGAAGAUCGUCAACUCGAACGGUGAACUCUGGCACACCCAGUGUUUUGUCUGUGCGCAAUGCUUCCGACCUUUUGAAGAUGGCAUCUUCUACGAAUUCGAAGGACGUAAAUACUGUGAGCGUGAUUUCCAUGUGCUUUUCGCACCGUGUUGCAAUAAGUGUGGCGAGUUCGUAAUUGGACGUGUUAUCAAAGCAAUGGGCGCUAGCUGGCAUCCACAGUGCUUCCGCUGCCAAAUGUGUGCCAAAGAGUUGGCCGAUACCGGCUUUAUACGCAAUCAGAAUCGUGCCUUAUGCCAUGAGUGCAAUGCCAAAGUGAAGGCCGAGAUUACGGGUCGUUAUAUGUGCCAUAAGUGUCACGGCGUAAUAGACGACGCGCCCUUGCGUUUUCGUGGCGAAGUCUAUCACGGCUAUCAUUUUAACUGCACUGCCUGUGGUGUGGAGCUGGACUCGACAGCACGUGAAGUCAAGAGCCGACCGGGCUUAACGGCCAACGAUAUGAACGAAUUGUAUUGCUUACGCUGUCACGACAAGAUGGGUAUACCGAUUUGUGGUGCAUGCCGACGUCCGAUCGAGGAACGAGUUGUCACCGCUUUAGGCAAGCAUUGGCAUGUGGAGCAUUUUGUGUGCGCCAAAUGCGAAAAACCAUUCUUGGGCCAUCGGCAUUACGAAAAGCGCGGUUUGGCCUAUUGUGAGACACAUUACCACCAAUUGUUCGGCAAUUUAUGCUUCGUUUGCAAUCAAGUCAUAGCAGGCGAUGUAUUCACUGCACUCAAUAAAGCUUGGUGUGUGCAUCAUUUCGCUUGCUCCGUUUGUGAUAUGAAAAUGACGCAGAAAUCCAAAUUUUACGAAUACGAUGAGAAGCCCGUUUGCAAGAAAUGCUACGAACGUUUUCCAAGCGAAUUAAGGCAACGUUUGCGCAAGGCCCACGAAAUGUCCAUGAAGAAGAACUUUUAAGUGCUCGCCUUUUAUUGUCUAUAUUGAGAAUAUAUUUUGAAAAUGCAGACUUCUAAUCUGCAAAAAUUACUGUGCGCGGAAUGCGGCAGGGAAGUCAGAGAGCCAAGCAUAUACGAUAUUUUCAAAUCGAAGAUUAUUCCUUUCACCAUUACGAAUAACUUAAUUAAGUGCCUACAAAUUUCAUAUUUAUAUUACGUAACAACAUACUGUAAUAGCCACAGUCUAAUUUAUAAAUUAUAAGCACAAACGCAAAUAUUUAUGCGUACAGAGUAAAAGAAAAAAUAGUCAAUAUUAUUUAUACAUAUGUAAAGUACAGCAGCAGUUACGCAGAGGACUGAAAAGAAUACACAUAAAAACAGCUUCCAUUACAAUUUAUUUAAAACAUAAGUGUACUGUAAAUGCCAACAUAUCCGAAUAAAACUAAACCUUUACAGAUAAGGCGAAAAGUUACUACUGCCACCGUAUCUACAAAAUAA